AGUUUGCGGCAUUAAUGGAAAGGGGAAGGAGGCUCGUCAGGUUCCUAUGCUGAAGGAACUAGAGGGUGGGCGGUUGAGGUACGCGGUGAAGCAGUGAGAACGGCCGGGACGGGAGGGGGGCAAGUUUGUGGGCGGCGCCUAGUCCAGGAGGGGGCGCGGCUACCGCGGGGGCGUCCCGCAGAGGCUGAGGCGGCCACGUCCCGACGCCCCAGGGUGAAGAAGCUACCCCGGGCUUGUCGCGUCCUCAGACAUGUCGGAGGUGAAAAGCCGGAAGAAGUCGGGGCCCAAGGGAGCUCCGUCCGAGCCGGGGAAGCGGAGCGAGGGCGGGAAGAGCCCCGAGGCCCGGGGCGGUGGAGGCGAGGGCUGGGUGGAUCCCCGGACCGGCGUGAGCCUGCUGUCGCUGGGGACGUGCCUGGGCCUGGCCUGGUUUGUAUUUCAUCAGUCUGAAAAGUUUACAAAGGUGGAAAGCCAAUACCAGUUACUGAAAAUAGAAACCAACAAGUUCCAAGGACUUCAAAGUAAAAUCAGUUUAAUUUCAGAAAAGCUUGAGUCUACUGAAAGUAUCCUGCAGGAAGCGACAUCAUCCAUGUCUUUGGUGACCCAGUUUGAGCAGGAAGUAUCCAGCCUCCAAAGUAUCAUGCAUGACAUCCAAAAUAGUGAAGAAUUACUCACCCAAAAAAUGAAAAGCCUUAAUGAGAAAUUCCAGAAUGUUUCAGAUUUCUGGAAAAGAACCCUAGAAGAAAUGAAUAUUAAUACAGACAUUUUCAAAUCAGAAUCAAAACACAUACAUUCUCAAGUGACUGUCCAAAUUAACUCAGCUGAACAAGAAAUAAAAUUGCUCACUGAAAGGCUUAAAGAUUUGGAAGAUAGCACACUAAGAAAUAUUAGAACAGUAAAAAGACAAGAAGAAGAGGAUCUUCUACGAGUAGAGGAGCAGCUUGGCUCUGAUACAAAAGCAGUUGAAAAGCUUGAAGAGGAACAGCAUGCUCUCUUUGCCAGAGAUGAAGACCUGACUAAUAAACUUUCCAGCUAUGAACCCAAAGUUGAAGAAUGCAAGACACAUUUGCCAACAAUUGAGAGUGCUAUUCGCUCUGUUCUCAGAGUCUCUCAGGAUCUGAUCGGGACAGAAAAAAAAAUGGAAGACUUAACUACUCAGAUGUUUAAUAUGGAAGAUGAUAUGCUGAAAGCAGUAUCUGAAAUAAUGGAGAUGCAGAAAACCCUUGAAAGAAUUCAGUAUGAUAAUAGCAUAUUAAAGAUGCAAAAUGACCUGGAUGUUCUAAAAGGAAAAGUUCAUGAUUUUAUGGUAUAUUCAAGUACAAGAGAAAAGGGAACUUUAGAAGAAUAUAAUCUAGAAAAUAAAGGAAUUGACAGUGACUUUUAAAUGCACCACAUUUAUUCUGAUGACCAUAUUGUUAUACAUAAAUUUAUUAGUUCCAUACUUCUGCAUUAUUUUGAUAUGCCUCACUUUAUCCUACAUUACACGGCCAGUAAUAGUGACAUAUCCACACCAUGAUUAUCCACAUAAUGACAGCUUAUCUGUUUAAGCAAUAAAAUUUAUUUCAUUUUAGGCAUUGUAAAUCGAAGUAUUUCCAAAAUAUAUCUCCAUCGUUUUAAAGCAA